GAUCUUCGGUGUCUGGUUUAUCUUGUAGCAUAUUUUUUUUUCCCAUCUACCGAAAGAUGCAUCUAUACUCGGGUUAAGCAUUCAUUUUAUAUGUACUUAGGUACUGUACCUGAGUAGUCAAUACUAUAAUUUACGAAGAAGAGAAAAAUGUCCCCAAGUUUGCAUGCGUCUCUUUCUUAUCGAUAAGAACCCCACGUUGAAUGACCAUCAAUUUUUUACCUACCGGCAUUCUGUUCUACCAUCUCAAGUUAUCCUACAUCUACAUCUCCAUCUCCAAAUGGCGCAAUCAGAUACCUGGUCAGAACAAGCUUCCAAGGUCCUAGAAACAGGUCCAUUGGACCCCGCAGAAGCGAAAUGGAUAAGGCUCAAGAAAAUCACCUACACAGACCCAUUGGGCGUAAAACGUGUAUGGGAGACCGCUGAAAGACAGACACGCCCUAAAAACAGCACCAUCGAUGGAGUCGGCAUCAUCGCUAUCGUUGAUACAUCCCACGGCCCGGAGAUCUUACUGCAGAAACAAUUCAGACCACCAAUCAACAAAAUCUCCAUUGAAGUACCCGCUGGUCUGAUUGACGAGGGCGAAACAGCAGAACAAUGUGCCGUGCGCGAACUGAAAGAAGAGACGGGUUAUAUCGGUGUAGUCGAGAAGACGAGUACGAUUAUGUUCCACGACCCGGGCCUCACAAAUGCAAACUCGAGUCUGGUCCACAUCCGCAUCGAUAUGAAUCUCCCCGAAAACCAGAAUCCGAAACCAGAACUAGAAGAGAAUGAAUUUAUAGAGUGUUUUACGGUUCCUCUAGCAACGCUGUGGGAGGAGACAAAGAGGCUGGAAGAGGAAGGGUAUGGGAUUGAUGCGAGAGUGGGCACGUUGGCGGAGGCGAUUGAGUUGUCGAAGAAGUUUAGAUUUUGAUUUUUCCUCUUAUUGUAUAGGUAUCUAUGGACUUGAUAGAAGAGGAAUGACCAGUCGGUGGUUAUCGGUACGACACAUCUCCGGUUGAGCAUGUGCACGACGCACGGAUCUUAUAACUACAUGCAUAUAUGACAGAAUCAAGGAAGGGACAUUGAAGAUAACAAAAAUGACAUCCAAGCUUGUGAC